AUGCGCGAAAGCGGCCUCGGCAAACUCCAGAAAAAGAUGAUGGGAAGGUGGUCUGAUACUUUGCAUCCUGAUGAUGCGUAUUUGAGUUAUCAUGAUGUGAGAUUAAUGCGCGAGGAUAUUCAGACAUUAAAAGAUGACUGGUUGACGGAUAACGUUAUCUCUUUCUGGGAGGAAUACCUUGAACACGAAUACCUCUCCAAACUCGAGCACGCCAAUAUCAUCCUCCUCCGCCCCAGCAUGUCCUUCAUGCUCCUCCAAACCUCCGACCCGCGCACCCUCCGCGAAGCUCUCCCAGACUUCACAAAGGCCACCCACGUCUUCCUCCCCAUAAAUGACUGCCGAAACGUCACCGAAGCCGAAGGCGGAACCCACUGGUCCUUACUCGUAGUCUCGAUCGUCGACCGCAUCGCAUUCCACUACGACUCCCUCCCACCUGGGAACAGAAUGGAAGCAGGCACCAUAACCAUGAAACUAGGCGUGUUACUCAACUGUCCGAUCCGAUUUGUGCAUUUAGAGGAUGCGCCGCAACAGGAAAAUAGUAGUGACUGUGGCGUGUUUGUGUGUUUGAAUAUGAGGUGUUUGUUGCUGGAUAGGAUAUUGAGGGCGAAUUCGCAUCAGAAAGUGAGUAUGAGUUUGGCGGGAAAGAGGGUUGAUGCGACUUCGGGACGGAGGGAGAUGUUGAAGAUUAUCGAAGGGUUUAGGAAGGAAGGAGUUCGGAGAAGAUCACAAAGCUCGAGUCCAUCUGAGCGCCAUUCUAGAAGUCCUCCGCGCAUUGAAUAG